AUGCCAGCACCAGUCUCCUUCUCUUCUCGUGUCAGAGGCGCACUCUUUGGCCUUGCUGUGUGCGACGCAUUAGGAGGCCCCGUGGAGUUCAAGCCCCGCGGAUCCUUUGACCGCUUGACGCAGAUGUUGCCAAACGACAACUUUGGUCUCCCUCCAGGCUGUUUCACCGACGACACGUCAAUGACACUGUGUCUGGCCCAGUCGCUGCUGGAAUGUGGCGGCCAGUCCAACAUCGUGGACCAGGUCGAGAAGUACAUCUCGUGGUGGCGGAACGGGUACAUGUCGUCGGUCGGUCGCUGCUUCGACAUCGGAGUCUCGACGAGGAGUGCACUCGAGAUGUGGGACAGUUUCCUCCACCUUGGCAACCGCGACGCCUCGCCGCCGGUGGAAGCUACUCAUCGUGCGAUCCUGAAGAAAAUCACCUUUUCCUUCGGCAAAGACGAGUAUUGCGGCAACGGGAGCCUGAUGAGGGUGCUCCCCGCGGCGCUCGUGGCCUCGAGUGAGCCGGACGCCGUCCUGCUCGCGCACGAGAGCUCGUUACCAACACAUCCCCACCCUCGGUGCGUACACGCGUGUAUGAUAUACAGUGCUCUGGUGUUGCAAGCGCUCAGCGGCGCCUCAAAGACCGAGCUCGCCGUCAGUUUGGCCGAGUCGGUGAGAGAGAUCCCCAGCAACGUCUCCGACACGCCCAUCGAACCCGUGCUCGCGGAGCGUAUGGGGAAGUACCGGACGCUGGAGGACUGGGAGAAGACAACAGCCGAGUCGAUCCGGAGCACGGGCUACGUGGUCGACACCCUCGAGGCGUCGCUCUGGGCCUUUUUCAACACAGAUACUUUCGAGGAGGCAGCCAUCCUGUCCGUCAACCUGGGGUACGAUGCAGACACCGUGGGUGCGAUAUGUGGCGGGCUUGCCGGGGCGUAUCAUGGCUUUGAGGCCAUUCCAGAGAGCUGGCUCCGCGAGAUGAAGAAGACGGACAUCCUUGACGAAGUGGCCCAGAAGAUAGUCGAUCACAGGAACAGAACAAUAUAA